CUUCUCCAUCUUGCGGAUUCUUCUCUAGCUCAGUAUGACAAUGAUCAAGAACGACAUCCUGCCUGCGGCUAUCUAUAAUACUCUCCCCAACAUCCGCGAUGUCUUCAACGUUCCAGAGGCCAAUUUGGCCGACAUAGCCGAUCUCAAGCAUUUGCUUAAGAAGCAUAAUCUCUCCGAUAGAGUGCGGAUCAAGCUCGUCCAUAUACACUUCCGCCUUGAAGAGGGUGAGAUCUUUUCUGCUCGAGAGAUCAAAGUCCCCAAGCAUGGAAGCAUCAAUAUCAUGCAACCUCUUCUCGCAUCCCAGCAUCAACCCCUCUAUGGGCACCACUACUUUGUAGAUGACCAAGGUAAUCUUUUAGCCUACGAACAUGCAGGGGACAAUUUCGCAAGUCACGAACUCGAAUACCCGGCGAUACGAACGUGCAUCGACGUGCCUAUUGAAAUUCGACUCCCGUAUAGUGAAGAUAGCUUCAAUACUACGACCGAGUUUAUGCAAGAUUGGCCAAUGAGCCCCGAAGGGUUUGAGGUUGUUGGGGAGUCGGGAGCGGUCAGACAAGUACCCAAUCAAUACCAACAUUAUACACACCACAAACACUAUACACACUGCCAACGCACCGACGAUGAUAAUGGAUUGUUCGAUGGUACUACAAAUUCUGAUAAAGAUUUCUCAGAUGGUGAAGCUAUGGAUGGUCUCUAUAUUAGAUACGGAGUCUCUGGACUGCCGCUUGAUAUUGAGCUCGCCGGGAUCAAGCUGGAUCAGUCAUCCGGAUUGUAUGAGAUCGUAUCGUAUAUUAAUAAUAAUGCCUAG